CCCCCUGGUCGUGCCAUGCGCAUUGACGGUUGUUGUUGUUGAGCUGGUUGUUAUGGCUGGACAAGGCCUCGGACUAAACUGAGAGAGGACCCCCCUCCCUCCCGUACUACCCCGUCUCCGCUACGGGACACCCGCCACCCAUGGAGGGCACGGACAUGGACGUGGACGCGGAGCUCAUGCAGAAGUUCAGCUGCAUGGGUACCACGGACAAGGACGUCCUCAUUUCGGAGUUUCAGAGGCUGCUGGGCUUCCAGCUCAACCCAGCCGGUUGCGCCUUCUUCCUGGACAUGACCAACUGGAACCUUCAGGCUGCUAUUGGUGCAUAUUAUGACUUUGAAAGUCCCAAUGUCAACACCCCAUCCAUGUCCUUUGUUGAAGAUGUGACAAUUGGGGAAGGAGAGUCUGUUCCUCCAGAUACACCGUUCACAAAGACCUGGAGGAUACAAAACACAGGUGCAGAGUCGUGGCCGCCUGGGGUUUGUCUCAAAUACAUCGGUGGGGAUCAGUUUGGGCAUGUAAACACAGUUAUGGUGAAGUCUCUAGACCCCCAGGAAAUAUCAGAUGUGAGUGUGCAGAUGCGAAGUCCCACAACUCCUGGCAUGUAUCAGGGUCAGUGGAGGAUGUGUACAGCCACCGGAUUAUUCUAUGGAGAUGUAAUCUGGGUGAUUCUUAGUGUAGAAGUUGGAGGUCUCCUCGGCGUGACCCAGCAGCUUUCCUCCUUUGAGACAGAGUUCAACACCCAACCCCAACGCAACGUGCAGGGAGACUUCAACCCCUUUGCCUCGCCACAGAAGAACAAGCACGACGCCACUGACAACAGCUUCAGAGAUCCUGGCGGGGCCUGGGAACGCACACAGGAGCCAAUCCAGCAAGAUCAAAAUGGACUGUCUCAUAAUGCUGUAAAUAGGGCGUCAAAUGGUCUCCAAACCAAUCUUUCUGUGGUGACUUAUGGACAGGGUAUUCAUGGACCCUAUCCAUUUGGACAGAGCUAGAAUGACAAAGACCCCCCCAUGGUGGUGGAUGGAGAGCUGGACACCCUAGGAGUCCUUAAAUGCAGAGGAGUUGGAAGGGGGGGAAGGAACAGUUGUUUUCUAUUGACUCAUGACAACCCUCUCCCCAACCCGUGGCCCUUUCCACAGAAACACAAAUUACCGUGAGGUGAUGGAUUACAUCUGCUACAGUGAAACAUCCCACCUGACAUCAACACCUGGAUUCGCAUGUGUGAAUGCUUCAUUUAAGAGUGCUAUAAACCCUUAAAAAUAGAUACACAUGACUAUUUUUUAUUUCCACUGUAAAACACAGCUAAUUAAAGGGAAAAUCAACCCUAAACAAUCUACAUACAAUUUGGUGUACCCAUGGUCAAAUUUAAUACUUUGACCCUUCAGGGUUCCUACACAGACCUGGAAAAUGUUUUGAAAAAUGCACAGAGCAAAACUUAAUAUUGAUCAUAGAUCAUUUUGAGGCCUUAAAAUUUGACUUAAAAAAAUCACAGAAAAAUUGUAGAAUGUAAGUUUUAUGUGGAAAAAGUGUAAUCUUUUAUUCACCACACCAAGCAGUUUUUAUUAGAAGUGUAUGGAGUAUUUCCAAACUCCUCUAGAUGACAGCCUUACACCAGUUUCACUCACAAAUCUGGUGAAUAAUGUGGAAUGUUAAAGAACUAGUAGGACGACAAGUAUGACCUGUCGUACCGGCCACAUUGGCCAGAGAGUAAUGACAGAGUUUUUGAAAGACCACUACAGAAUUCCUCUAGAUCUUGGUUAAGUCAAGGCGCUUUUGCUGCAUUCCCAUUCUGUGCAUACAUCUCGCAAGUGUUCACAUAGUAGAACAACUAAAAACAGAUGAAGUGUCUGCGUAAAUUGGGUUUAAAUACCUUGAACAACUGGCUGGCAUGCAGCAUAUAUAUUUUUUGGUUUUCAGACACUUUUGUCUGUUUGGGUGCCAAGUGCCAAGAAUCAGAACUGUCAAAAAAGCCAUGAUUACAACUUAGAUGUUGACAUGAGCGCUAGUUAAAAGUCUGAAACUGGUAAUCCUGGUGACCUGGAUAUGACAGCCUUUAACAGGUCUGUUGUAUUUUGGUGUCUUGAGGAGUUGUCGCUGGAAUUCUUCUUUAUAACUUAAGGUCCACCAAUCUAAUAUGAAUUCACAAACUUUAGUCCAAAAAAUGUGUUUUGCAGAGAGAAAAAACUGAGCUAAACAUCAAACAUACCAUUUAUUACUCAAAAGUUACUGGCCUUCACUAAAUUUAGCAGUUUUGGACUCCUUGACUAAUUUGUGUCUGAAAUUUAAAAACAAGAAAAAAGAAAAAAUGUCAGAAAAUAUGUACGAUCACUGUGUAGGAACCCCAUCUCUCCCAAAGAUUAAGUCCAGAGAACCAAGACACUAAUCUGUGCUGUCACAAAAUGACACUGUCUGCUGGUGCUCGAUUCAGACUGCAUGGGACAAUGUGUGUGCGUGUUUUUUUAGGGUGGGUUUUCGCUUUAAACAGAUGCUGAAGCAUAAAAGGAUGUUUGAGUGAGUUUGAGCCAGUGAGGUGUGAGGAAGGGUUGAAAAAGCCAUCUAAAUCUAUUUUGCCUGGUGAGUGACUGUUGUUUCUGAAUCCAUGUCUGCAGUAUGUGUACUAGAUAUAUAUGUAUGUGUGUGUAUGAGAGAGAGAGCGCUAGAGAGAGAGGGAGAGUGCCUGUGCAUUUACGUUAAUGGUUUCUCUUUGGAUUUAACUGACAUAAAAAUGGUGUAUACUACUUGGGCAAAGGAUGAUGUGUCUAUUCACACACACACAUCAAUAUCGAGAGAGCUCUCCGAGGCGCGUGUCGUGUGACUCUGCACCGUUUGGAUGAACUGACUUCACUAAUUGCCCUGAUGUUAUUUAUUUGCUGUCAUAUCGUGCAUUGCAGAAUCAAAAAGUCCUAUCUUCAGCCAGCAGGUGGUGCUAAAAAAUCAAAUGACUAACUCAAACUUAACUUGACAUGCUGAGUACAUUGUAAGGGACAGGUGAUAAGUUGUAGUGUGAUAGUAGUAAGACAAUUUGAAUAUGAAAAUUAUGGUUUGCAUCAGAAUUAUUAGCACUGAUGAUCUGUUACUGCUAUUUGCACAGCGCUGUCCACCACUGCUAAUGAGGAAAAGAGGUGAUUUUUGGCUCAUUGUCUGGAUUCCUUCUCCAGAAAGUUUCAUUGGUUUGUUUUACCUAAUCUUCACUACCCAAAAUGCCUAUGUUCUUCACAGCUUUAAGUUUUGUUUUCAAAGUAUUAAACAUAAAGCUUUCCUUGUUAAACAUCACUUUCGUCGCUGCACCAGUGUCUGAUCUUAAAAACUAACAUUGAUUGACUCAUGUUUAAUUAGGUUUUGCAUAUCUGCGAAUGAGUUUGUCUGCUGUCACACCUGAAUUUUUACUUCAGCUUUGCUAUGUUCAUUAUGUCAGACGAUGGAUUUGAUCAUGUAUUUUGGCUUAAAAAUAAAAUGAGAAAAGUUGUUGAUAGAACUCCAUGAUAGUGUUAUAUUUUUUUCUAAGGGGCUAUUUUAUUCAAACAGGAUUACUUGUAAUUUCUUUUGUAUAAUUUAAUUUAUCAAACUUUCUCUAGAUUCUUUAUAUCUAGAGUUCAUUGCCUCAGUGAACAUUUGUACCUGUUUGUAAAAUUCACCAGCAUUCUGUGUUGCAGCUCUGUUUGUACUUUUACUGAGAGUCAGCUGAGAGUCCUCCUCCCAAACAGUAUACACUGUUCUGCAUUACUUCAGUCACAUAGAUCUUUUUGUUGUGUUGUGUGUGUGUGUGUGUGCCUCCUUCUCGUGAGCUUGCUUGUGUGUGUGUGAGAGAAAGAGUGACAGAUGGUGAGGAAAUCUGAAUAUUGCUGGAUUCAUACUCUAGUUUUAGUUUGUGACUAUGUAUGGACUUGAGCUGGGUGGUAUGGUGAGUGGAUGGGAUGAAAGUUUACAUAGUCCUAAAAUAGCACAUUUAUCUGGAGAGAAAUUGUCAAAAUAAAGCUUUUUUCCCCCUGUAUCUAUAAUUAAGCAUUUGUAUGAUUAAAUUAACACUGAAACAAUGA